UGGUGGUUGAAGAGAUGUAACAGCAACUGUUAGAUAAAAUUUAUCUAUCAGUACCCAAGUGUUAAAAUAUUUCUUAAAUAAUGACUAGGUAAAUUUUUGAUAGGUUUAAUUUGAUUAUAGAUAAGUAAAUUAAUUAGUAAACAAUACAAGAAAAUGUUAAGUGCAAUGCUGGUAAUAUUUUUAUACGUAAUGAGUUUAUCGGAAGAGCGGGGACCGCACCACCCCCGUGGAUCGAAAGUAGUUAAAUAUCAUAGUCACUAUAGGCCAAAAAGAGAAGCUGAAGUUAAAUUAACCCAAGAUGAAGAACUCUUGCAUGAUACUGAGCAUUUACAGGAACAUCUCGAAAAUGAAAUCAAUGAACCAAAUUUGUCGCAAAUGAGUGAAGAAGAACUCGAGUUUUACUAUUUUCAAGUUCAUGACACUGAUAAAAACUCAAAACUGGAUGGAUUAGAAAUACUCCAGGCAAUUUAUCACACUUCGCACGAUGAUGACAAUAAUGCAGAUCAAAAUGAUGAUAACAAUCAAUUUAACUAUUACGUAGAAUUAAUCGAUAAAGUUUUGAAAGAAGACGAUACCGAUAAUGACGGUUAUCUGAGUUAUCCUGAAUAUGUGGAAGGACGUAAGAAGGACUUAAACCAAGAAUCUUCUGUUAAGAUAAAACCACUUAAUUCUCAAUCCUCAGCAAAGAAUGCUCCUACAUAAAAGUUAAGGGGCAAAAAUAAUAAAGUUAUUCAGUAUGCUG